AUGCAAGCAAAAGACAAGUACUAUUUAACACGUAACAAGUAUUUAUACGUCGGCACGGUUGCUCAAGCUCAAAGAUGUAGUCUUCCCGCUCAUCAAGCUUCGACUGGAGAAUGCAUUGCUACCUAUCUCAACUUGACUGGCUCAAGACUUGGCAUCCCACUAUCUGCAACGGUAGCUUCCCUCUAUAGGAACGGUAACUGGCGUCUCCCACCUGCAAGAUCAGAGCAACAAACCCAACUUCAGAUUCACUUGACGACUGUCAAUUUAACUUCAGAUAAAGACUACUUCGAAUGGGAAAUUGAUAGUAGGGUCACCACCACCUUCUCAACUGGUGAUGUCUAUACUUAUCUUAGAGGAACAGUGAAUGAGGUUGACUGGGCUACUGUGGUUUGGAACUCUUAUGGGAUCCCUCGUCACAACUUCCACACAUGGCUAAUGAUUUUGGAUAGGUGCCCGACGAGAGAUCGCUUGCUUCGUUGGGGAAUCUCAGUUUCACAUCUCUGCUUGCUGUGUAACAAUGCUUCUGAGAGCCGUGAUCACAUCUAUUUCGACUGCAACUUCUCCUUUGACUUAUGGGCAAUAAGCGCGAGGAGAUGUGGGCUCACUCCAAACCGUUCCUGGUCAGACACCAUCACGCAACUGAGAAGCCUCCCAAUGGACCGUUCAUCGAGACCUCAUAGACUUCUUGUCCUCCUAGCUUGGCAAUCUACGAUCUAUUGGGUCUGGAAUGAGAGAAACGCACGGUUGCACUCUAACAUCUACCGCUCCGUCGACUCUCUCUUCAAAACUAUCGAUCUUCAGAUUAGAAACAGAACUCAGAGUUUCCGGGUGACUAACCCCAGACUGUCUUCCCAACUACUACAGUCCUGGAUCCGACUUGCAUGA